AUGAGAUACGGGGUUCAAAAAGACGUAGUGCCGGAGACGAUACUCUCAUCACGAUCUCAGAACACUUCCUCGAGUAACCCAGCGUCGUCAUCCGUUGAAAUUGCCGGUCGCCUACGGAAUCAAACAUCUGUAUCAGUCUCAGCAUUUGCAAGCGCACAUCGCACAGUAGACAGAUCUCCGUCGAAAGAAGUACAUGCGAGCUAUCUGCUGCAUACUAGCAAUCCCCAACCUACACCUUACACAGCCAUGUCUUUCCCUCCUUCUGUCUCGCAUCGCGUUACUUCACCGCGUGCUCAAGUCACAACGAUGGGUAGUAUUCGAUCUGCUGGAAGUCAAGAACUAACCCAGCUGGCGUUGCCUUCAGGUUCACCACACUUCGAGCCCCAAAAACCAUCGACUGUGCCAACUCAGAGCCCACUGGGGUCUCGAAUGGCAACACAGACAUUGUCGCUACCCAAUACCCUCACACAUACAACUCCCCAUGACGCCUUCGCUCUACCAUCAUCCCAGCAGGCUGAUGAUGGGCCUAUUAUGUCCUUCCAGCCCUUGCUUGCGCCUAUCAACACUUGUCAUGACACUGCGCUAUCGGAUUUGCCCGCAUCCAACAUACAUCAUGCCAUUUCAAACUCCAAGCACACGUUGCUCGCACCAAAACAUCUGUGCGGAGCUUCGUCGCUAAAUUCACGUUUACAAGAAAGCAUGCGGCCAGCAGGCGACCAAACAUCAAACAGUGCUGACAAUGUAUCUCUAUCGCCAGCCACGGGACUUGAAGUCUUGGAGGAGUUUGAUCCCACAGAAGAUGAUGAACAUGAUUACAUUGUGCAAGAUUACGAUGAUACCCCAAAACACUUCAAAGACAGUGUUCACUCUCUGUUACGCGCCAAUCCGACGCCUUCUCAGGUGUACGAUGCUCAGAGCGCAGCUCUACCAUGUAUGAGCUGCGGCAUAAUCAGCACUCAUGAAUCUCAAUGCUGGAUCAAAGAAGCCGCACUAUGUCUAAAGGUCACCACGGAGCUUUCUGUUUUGGAGUAUCGCGAACUCGCCGCGAGUGUCCAACGAUUCGAUCCCGGGCCUUGGACUACCCAUGUUGGGCCUCCGAUAGAAGUGGAACUCGACGAUCCCCAUACUCAAGUGCAGGUUAUGGCAGAGAUAAUCCGUAACCUCAACACAAAUGCGGAAAAUCCAAUUCUGCAAACACAGAAUGAUCAGUUAAUGAGUCUAUUCUGGGCACUAAGUUCGUCUGGCAGUGUCAGAAAUAUGGAAGCUGUGUAUUCAUACUCUAGUCCUGGAGAGUCAGAUCGGGAAGAGUGGGACGUGCCAGACGCAUGGUGA